GUAAAGUGUCUCGUUAAAUUGUGCCUGUUAUUAGUUGGCAGCGGCGGCGGAAGAUGUUCGCUCGGAUUCAUCAACUAACUGACCCAAGUAAUCCGUGUGGAUUAUAACGUUUAGUUAGAAAACAACGUCAAAAACAUAUAUUUUGAAAGGGGCCGUGUUCACUAGCGAGGCAGCCAACGUUAUUUCUAACCUUUACUGGCUUAGUUUCGUGUUGGUGAAAAUAUAUUCGGUCUUCCUUAUUCCCGAUGUCAUGUAGCUAACGGUAGUUAGCAUUGUUUCCAGGUUUUCAUUUAUUUACUUACUAAACUAAACUACCCCGUUUGCGCCAGCUACAAACGUCAAGGUUUUUUUUUCUAUAGCGGAUGGCAUAAUCAUCAUUUUUGGUCAGCUGGAUCGUGGGGACUCAAAGACAGACAGCGUUUAUCUCCAACUUCUCUCCCUUCGAUACCCGAUGGAGGGCUCCGACAGUUCCGAGCCGGGCGCCAGUGACCAACCAGAGGCCCAGCGCAGGCGGCAACGGGACCGGCUAGACCGGGAGGAGGCCUUCUACCAGUUUGUCAACAACCUGAGUGAGGCAGACUACCGGCUGAUGAGAGACAACAACCUGCUGGGUACCCCAGGUGAGAUCACAGCAGAGGAGUUGUUGAGUCGGCUGCAGCAGAUUAAGGAUGGACCAGAGCAGCAGCAGCCUAGCAUCAACACCAGUGAGACUGGAGAAGCUACAGGAGAACUGACAGAACCGGCGGAAGGUCCAGAGGACCCAUCUAACGGCGACACCCUCUUGGAUUGGCUGAACACUGUCAGGCGGACAGGCAACACCACCCGCAGUGGUCACCGAGGCAACCAGUCAUGGCGGGCGGUGAGCCGGACCAACCCAAACAGCGGAGACUUCCGGUUCAGUCUGGAGAUCAACGUUAACCGUAACCUGGCCGAGCAGCAGGCCCGCGCAGAGGGGGAGGCUCAGGAGGAAGGCCCAGCAGAAGCACCUGGCGAUGGGGUGGAGGCAGUGGUCGGAGUGGAGGUCCAGGCAGGGACUGAGGCAGGGACUGAGGCAGGGACUGAGGCAGGGACUGAGGCAGGGACUGAGGCAGGGACUGAGGCAGGGACUGAGGCAGGGACUGGGGCAGGGACUGGGGCAGGGACUGGGGCAGGGACUGGGGCAGGGACUGGGGCAGGGACUGGGGCAGGGACUGGGGCAGGGACUGGGGCAGGGACUGGGGCAGGGACUGGGGCAGGGACUGGGGCAGGGACUGGGGUGCCCAUGGAGACAGGAGAGGUGCUGGAGGAACCAGUUGUGGAGGAGAUGGCUGUCAUAGUGGAACCAGAAGUGGAGAUGGAGCCAGAGGCUGAAGUAGAAGCAGAAAUGGUCCCAGAGUUAGUAGUAGAGGUAGUCCCACAGCCGCCCAGCCCUGUCACCGCCACCCCUCCUGUCUCCAGACCAGCCAGUCCCCUGGUGCAGGCCACCCCGGCCCCCGCCCCCCCCAGCCCGUCCCCUGAGGAGCCUCCCCGACGGGGCCAGAGACGAGCCCGCAGCCGUAGCCCUGAGCAGCGCCGGACCAGGGCUCGCACCACACGGAGCCGUUCCCCUCUCACCCUGGACCGACUGGACGGCCUCCCCCGCCACGUGCCCAAUGCCGCCCCUUCACACAGCCCCACCCUGCCCCCCCAUGCCCCCGCAGAGGGAAGCUCGCGGACUCGACAGCAUGUUCUGUCCCGGCAAAGCACUGCAGAGUACGAUGUCCAGUCAGCCGGAACAGGGUCUGGGAACGCCCCAGAGCCCGUUACCACCCCACCCCAGGAGGGAGAGGCCGCGGGCGGGGAGGGAGCAGCAGGACGACGUCCCCCCACCAUCAUGCUGGACCUGCAGGUGCGUCGUGUUCGUCCAGGUGAGUACCGCCAGAGGGACAGCAUUGCUAACAGAACCCGCUCACGCUCCCAGAACUCCAACAACACCUUCCUGUACGAGAGUGAGAGGGGGGGCUUCCGCAGGACCUUCUCCCGGUCCGAGCGUGCGGGUGUGAGGACGUACGUCAGCACCAUCAGGAUCCCCAUCAGGAGGAUCAGUGAUGCAGGGUUGGGAGAGGCCACCUCCAUGGCUCUGCAGACCAUGAUACGACAGAUCAUGACCGGCUUCGGAGAGCUCAGCUACUUCAUGGACUCAGACUCUGACUCCUCGGACUCAAACCGUGGCGGUGGUAACCCCACUGGCGCUGCCGACCUGGCCGAGGCGCUCAACACUCCCGACGGGGGAGUGGCCGGCAUGGCGGAGGGGGCGGAGCCUCCUGUCUCAGUGGGUGGGCCUAGUGUGGGAGGAGCCGGGGAGGCAAGGACAGAGGAGGGGGAAGAGGGGGUUGGUGUAGGUCUGGCCCCAGGGAUAGGUUUAGGGGUCGGUGGCACCCCCAGGGAGGGGCGAGGUCGCCCCCGUGCCCCCAUCAGUCUGGAGGAACCGGGGUCGCUACCCUUCCUCCGCCUUGCUCACUUCUUCCUCCUGAAUGAUGAGGAUGAGGAACAGCCCAGAGGACUCACCAAGGAGCAGAUCGACAACCUCUCCACCAGGAACUUUGGGGAGAGUGAUGCUCUGAAGACCUGCAGUGUGUGUAUCACAGAGUAUGCUGAGGGGAACAAGUUGAGGAAGUUGCCCUGUUCUCAUGAGUACCAUGUUCACUGUAUCGACCGCUGGCUGUCUGAGAACUCCACCUGUCCUAUCUGCCGCAGGGCCGUGUUGGUGUCUGCUAACCGGGAGAGUGUGGUCUAACCUGGAGAGCUGGAGGUCAGGGGUCAGCGGUGCUCCAGGCAGACAGUAUAUAACACCGUGUCAGUUCUGCAGGCCUUUCUCCUAGUCAGACCAUUUACAUUGUUCAUGUUUUCAUUCUUAAGACAUCACUGACUUUUAU